AUGUCGAGUCCUCGAGGCGGGUCAAGCCCCGUCCAUGACGACCAUCAUCCAAGGCGACCGGAAUCUACAUCUACAACUUCAUAUGCAACCGGUGGCCCACAGCACUGUCGUUGGAAAACAGCAGAGUUCCAUGAUCAAGAAUGUUCCCGGUACUUUGACUGCCCUUCCCACGUAGUUGAACGGGAGCUCUCCGAUUCAGAUCAUGUAGAGCAGAGUCAGCGAGCCGAUAGUCCAGAAGCAGGACCAAGCGCCGGCAUACAGAUCAGCGACACUGAAGAUGCACCUCGGCGUCCCUCGACCGAUGACGAGAGUAAUACACAACCCGAGUCCGGCCACUCGCAUGUGCAAACACAGACUGCUUUAGAGUCUGAAGCAUCUGCAUCCCACCGCCAGUCAGCCAUACAAUCAGCCUCACUCAGUACCGCCCAGUCCGCCGACGAGCAUCAAAACGAGCCCCCGGUGGUUCUUCCCAUUCGAUCGUCUUCUAUUCCUAUUCCACCACCAUCACAAAGUCGAGAAUCUGCUGUCCGGGAGGAAGCAGCAAGAGCACAAGUGCACAACAUGCCAGAUCCAAGGGUUAACUGGGCAGACCUUGAGUCUCGUUAUCGAGGCGCAUAUCUGCAAACGGCUCAUGAAGGCGAACACCAGGCCAUGGAGUCUUUGCCUCGUACAAUGAUACGCCCACGGGAUGUGCACCACCCUCCUGCUCCGAGCAGACGGCGCGAAUCUGAGGGCAGACGGGCAUCACAGGAUCACCGAGUGAAUCGACCUAGAGGCGACGGCAGCGUCACACCCGAGUUUGUGCUCCCUAGGUGGCAGCCAGACGCAGAGGUUACUUAUUGUCCUAUUUGUCAUACCCAGUUUAGUUUCUUUGUUCGCAAGCACCACUGCAGAAAAUGCGGCCGAGUCGUCUGCGCCACGUGCUCCCCGCACAGGAUUAUCAUACCGCAUCAGUACAUUGUGAGGCAGCCGGGAUCCGAUAUCUCGAUGCCUCCCAGCUUGCUUGUCGACGCGAUGGGGGCUGGCUAUCUUGACGUGAAUGGGUUAUCAGGAGGCGAGCGCGUACGGCUCUGUAAUCCAUGUGUACCAGACCCCAACACGGCACCACCUGAGAGUCCGACACCAUCUAUUGGGUCUCCGCGAUCACCACAUCAAAGAUCGCGUAGCAGUUUCGGACCUUCACAUGGCGCCGGACAUCCAUCAAACAGAUAUGGGACUGUAUUUACGGGAGGAGACAGCCGCGACCCUCUGCAGUACCACUAUGCCAGAGCCAGGAGCAUCACCAUGAGUUCACCUAAUCUCGCUCCAUCCAGCCAUCGUAUGAGCGCGCCGCAUGUCCAUCCAUCCAAUCUAGAGCGCUUCUUAACCGCCGGCCCGUCCAGCAUCUACCCAUCCUCCUCACGCCACAGACACAGUUCAUACGGCUACGGAGAAAUUUCAUCAUCAUCAUCUCGACAACGCGCCCUGCCGCACCCUCCUCAAAUUGCUGAGGAGGACGAAUGCCCUGUGUGUCACCGAGAGCUCCCCCUUCGCUUGUUGCCAGACUCUGAAGCCCUUCGAGAAGCACACAUCAACAAGUGCAUCCGGGACCACAGCACAUAUGGCAGUCUCCGUCCUCCCGAGGGACAAGAAUCGUCGGCACCGCCAAUGUUAUCUCGCAGGACCGGCAUGUACAUAUACCCAGCAACAGAGAAGGACUGCGUCGACGACGCAGAGUGUACGAUAUGCUUGGAAGAGUUUACGGUGGGGAUACCCAUGGCUCGAUUGGAGUGUCUGUGUCGAUUUCAUAAAUCUUGCAUAUCUGCCUGGUUUGUUAACCACCCUGGUCGAUGUCCGGUUCAUCAGCAUGAUGGAUUUGGGUUCUAG